UUUGAUGAACUUUUCAAAGUUGUUUGAAUACUUCUGACUACACUUUAUGAAAUGUCCGGCUCACGCAAAUGGCGUGGUGCGCUCGCAUGUGUGCUUUGGGCAAGUGUGAUUGUAUGUUUUUUGACAACAGGGACAACAAGACAUCCACCGCGUUCAGUGAAGCUACGUGGUCUACCUCUUCGUGUUGACGUGGGCGAAGGAAAGGGGUUUUGGGCAGCCGUGCAGAAUGCGGCGAGUAGGAGCAAGACUGAUGACCAGACACAUAUGGAGAGCAUUGUUGCGCUUGCAUACAGUCACAUGAAUUCCAGCAAAAUUGUUGACAGGGGUGAUGCGAUACAGGCUUUGGUGCGGUCAAUGGAGACGACAGGAUUGUUCACCUUGGUCUUAGGGGGCAAGAACUUAGGAAAAACAUUUCUCAAAAAAGAAGCUCUGCAAAGGUGUGGUUCCAACGUGAUGGUCCUCUCAGAGGACAUGAGAAGCCAUCCUGGAGAAAAUUUGCUGGAGGUGUUGCUACAAGUUGCUAACAGUACCGUGGAGAACAUGACUACUGAAGAAGAGUUCAAGCCAUUCAUUCCUGCACUUUCGGCGAUUUUGACUGCAGCUUUUACGGUUGUUGAAAACCUCGGUUCUGCAGCGGCUCCCAUCGCCAACUAUGUGAGGGAUGCAUUCGUGCUACUUGUUGCAGAAAAAAGGAAAAGGGUUAGGAUUGCACUGGAUGAAUUUCUACGGAUCGUGGGCAGAACAUCCAAAAAACCUGCAAUUGUGGUGGACGAGGCAAACCUUGCACUACCCGGCUUGACAAACGGACAGGAUGGCGGGGAGAGGCGCGAAGCGAAGUCAGCUUUGGCCGCGAUGACACAAUGGACAAAGCAAGACAAGCUGUCGAGCGUAGUCCUCAUCUCCUCAGAGUUUGGGUAUCCCUUCCGCCUGCAAGCUGCAGGGUUAGACCUCAGGGACAUCGGCAACAUCAUUGUCAUCGGCGAAGUGCCAGAGUCAGACAUGAUCAAGAUGCUGCAGGAUGAUUGGGGUAUGGACGCAGACUUGGCAGAGAUGUUCUACAACUACUUCGGCGGCGACAUUUACACCACCAAGCAGGCCUUGGAGAGCCUCAUUUGGAAGAAAGAUACCUUCGACCCCUUUGCGGUUGUGCGAUGUCCAGGGCUGCCUUCGUGUGCGAAAAAUGCACCGGCAAGGGCUCACCUGGAGAACAUCGCCAAGCAAGGCUUCUCUUUGGUGGAGGAUGUGAAGACAGACGAAGGUGCAAGAAUGAUUGCGGAGGAGAACGUGGGCGGGGUCAUCGACAAGGAUGCCAUCACAUUUGGUUUGCCACCCAUCUUCACCGGCACAGACAAGGAAUGGGCUGUCAUCCCAUCGUCCUAUCACAUGAAGCUGCUGAUUGCCCGUAAGCUCCAACAAAUUCCUUUGCCAACAUCAGGUGGUACUGGGACUGCACAACCAGCCGUUUGGGUGAGACAAAUCCGCAAGGACUGCAGAGAAGUGCAUUCAAUGACUGUGUAAAAAACAUUUUGUUUCAGCAAAGUCGUUGCUCUGACCAAAGCAGUGCACUGAUGACUUUCGGACAGUUCCAGCGCGACGGUCGAGGAGGUCGAAGAUCACCUGUUCGCCACCUUUCUUCUGGUAGUCCUCUUCCUUCAGGUGCUCGACCACUUCCAGUGCACGGCCGCUCAACAACGUCCAGAUGAACGAUCCCCGCGCUUCCUCACCAAGCUUGUCCAUGGUCCUCAUCUUGUUGAGGGCCCAUUGCUUCCACCUGCGAUACUCCCGCUAAUCGCAGUCAUCUCCACUGAACAUCCGCAUGGAUGUUCCUGCUUCCAUGGCUUCCUACGCGCGGCACGGUCGGCGCUCCGAUGAACUACCUAGUUCACCCAGGAGCCAGGCGCUUUUCACCUGGCUCCGCUACCAAUUAUGGUAGCCCACAGACCUACACCCGCACUCCACGCGGACCUUUUUCCCGCUAGGGCUUGAGAGUCCCUGACGAAGCGGCACGGUUGGCACAGAUCGACA